AUGGAUCCAGUAACUUCGGGAUUGGACCCCACACUCCCUCUGGAGACGUUCGGUAAUACCACAGUGGCCACAGGAGGGGAUUCGAGGUUAUACAAUCUCAAUGUGUUCUACAACCCCGGCGAUAUCGCUUGGAUGAUUACAUCAACCGCCCUCGUGCUUCUCAUGAUACCGGGUGUAGGCUUCUUCUAUUCCGGAUUGGCGCGAAGGAAGUCGGCGUUAUCGCUACUAUGGCUCUCUGUUAUGGCGACUGCCGUCGUCUCUUUUCAAUGGUUCUUCUGGGGUUACUCUCUAGCCUUUUCGCACAAGGCUGGAAAGUAUAUUGGCGCCUUGGAUAACUUCGGUCUGAUGAAUGUGCUGGGUGCUCCUUCGGUGGGGAGCCCACGUAUUCCUGAUCUCAUGUUCUGCGUGUACCAGGGCAUGUUCGCUGCUAUCACUGUUGCGCUUGCCGUUGGAGCUGUCGCCGAGCGAGGACGUAUGCUGCCUUGCAUCAUCUACAUGUUUAUCUGGACAACCAUCAUCUACGACCCGAUUGCGUGCUGGACCUGGAACCCAUCUGGAUGGGUCUUCCAAAUGGGUGGGUUGGAUUUUGCUGGCGGAACUCCCGUUCAUAUCGCCUCCGGAUGUGCUGCCCUCGCCUAUUCGUACAUGCUUGGAAAGCGAAGUGGUCACGGCACCCAGGAGCUCAACUACCGUCCCCACAAUGUCACGCAUAUCGUUAUCGGUACCGUAUUUCUCUGGGUAGGAUGGUUCGGCUUCAACGCCGGUUCGGCACUAUCUGCCAACCUCCGUGCUGUUAUGGCUGCUGUAUGCACCAAUCUCGCAGCCUGUGUUGGUGGUAUCACCUGGUGCCUGGUUGACUACCGUCUGGAACGCAAGUGGUCCACCGUUGGCUUCUGCUCCGGUGUCAUUGCUGGUCUUGUUUGUAUUACUCCUGGUUCUGGAUACGUCGCUGCCUGGGCUGCAGUUAUUUUUGGUGUGUGCGGUGGUGUUGCUUGCAACUACGCUACGAAGCUCAAGUACUUCCUCCGCUGCGACGACGCCCUCGAUAUCUUCGCUGUUCACGGCGUUGGCGGCUUCAUCGGGAACAUCCUCACUGCAUUCUUCGCCACUGACUACAUUGCGCAUCUCGACGGCUACACCGUCAUUGAGGGAGGUUGGCUAAAUCACCACUGGGUACAAAUCGGUUACCAACUCGCCGACUCCUUCACCGGCGGCGCCUACUCCUUCCUCGGAACCUGCCUGAUCCUCGGAGCCCUCGACUUCAUUGGCAAAUUCGUUCCCGCCUUCAGGCUCCGUGCCACCGAAGAAGAAGAAGCUGCUGGUAUCGAUGAUGUCGAAAUCGGCGAGUUCGCCUACGACUAUGUUGAGCUCACCCGCGAAGUCAAGAUUCCAGACGACGACGACAUAAUCGACGAAGGCAUGUCAACGCACUCGCUCGAAGGUCACGGUGCAGGCAUGGCCAUGACGAGCCACCACGAGAAGAACCAAGACUCUAUUGAUUCGGCCAACCAACUCGCUGAGUGGGCACAUCGUGCAUAA